UCUCCUCUCCUUGUUGCCUUCCCUGUGCCCAAGGUGUGUGUGAGAUGUUCCUAACCCUUCUCCAUUACUUCCAGCCUCCAUCUUUUGGAAUCUCCUUAUUAUCAGCUCUAAAACCUGAAUGACCCUUUUGAUUUGAGGGGGAGGGGGUGUCAGUAGAAUGCAAGGGGUUUCCUUUAGGGAGCAUCAUGGGCACAUGACCAGUCCAGCCUAGUUGGCUCAGAGCAUUCUUACUAGCCCUCAGAAUUCCUUGUUCCCACACCCAUCAGUCCCCAGCAAACUGAGACAGCUGACCUCCCAAGCAGCUACUCUGGACUCUACCUCAAUGAGGUCUCUCACCCUUCAGGCAGAGGCCAACACACACACAAAAGGAAACCCAGUCUGCGGGGUCAUGCUACAAACACCAACACCAGGCUUGACGUGACUUCUGAACCAGGGAGGAAGUGUGCUUAGCAUGCCUGGGCUCUGGAGGAGGGGGAAAGACUGCAUCCCGAGGAAGAUGGAGUGAGGAGUAACCCAGGAGAAAGUGCAAAGACAACCCCGUCUGCCAUGGAGGGCUGUGGAUGACCCUGGAGCUCUGGCCUGAAGCUUCGUUCUGAAACACAGAAUCCUUCCUGUCCUGGUGCUCUGGAGCAGAGGUUCCUGAACUUCCCCUGCUGUAUGUUCUUCACCUUACACACCCCAUGUGGUCAGAGAGAUCCUUCCUCAACUCUGCCCUCUGUUCUGGCUGUGGUUUCAGCCUCCCUUUUCAUCAUAUCCUCUGCUCGACAGUUACUGGGCCAACGCUGAUCUGGCUUUUCUCAACAUUCAACAAGUGAGGGCCCCGGAGACAUAAGGGACAUCAGUGGUCACCAUUACGCUGCUUCUUACCUCUCCCAAGAAGUGACAGAGUGAAACACAGACAGAAAGGCCCAUGGCAGACUGAAGGAGCGUGCUCUUGGUGCUACAGGACACUUCAAAGAAAGCCAGCAUCCUUUCUUUUGCUGAGGGGAGUAGAAGGCUGCGGUGGCUUUCCAAAGUCCCAGAUGCUCCUGUGGCAGGGCUGGAGGGAGGUGCUGCUGGCCCUGGGCCAUCCUGUCUCUUCUUCGUUCUCGGCUUCUUGGCGGCGUCUCCUAGCUCAGCCCACAUUCUCUCUAUCGGAGUUGAGAGCAGAGGGUACAGGGCUGUAGGGGUGUAGGAGAGAAGUGUGGAGUCGUGCCUAGAUCCCAGUAAGAAAGUCCACCGGGGCUGCUAAAUGGUCAAGUGGGUAGGGUAAGGGGAAGACAUUGGUAUCUUGUGUCAUGAAGGAGAUCACUCAGACGUUGGUGUCUCUCAGAAAGAAUAGAGAGGCUGUUAACUUGUAAUGGGCAGGGCUGGAUGUGGCUUGUCUCCUGUUGUCACAUCACGGUCAUGGUCUGACCCGAAGUCAAGAUUACGUUGUGGUUCCCGCUGUUCAUUUUUUUUUUUUUUUCACAUUCUCAUUGAUAUUUUUUCUCUUUGUACGUCCUCCCCUCCCGUGUCUACGUGUCUGUCUGUCUCUCAAUCUCAAUAGCCUAGGGUAGCCUUGACCCCCCCAUAUGCUGUUUUUUUUAUCGUGAUAUUACCCUAACUCACGACAAAACAUAGAACAUAGGCGGUCUGCGUAAUCUAAAAACCCAUUAAUCGAAAAACCACACCACGUGCACGUUGUUAAUGUGGAGGACAAAGAUAAUAUUUUUAAAUCAGAAGUCUCAAUCUGAGCCUUCUCCCUUGCUUCCUUCUCCUAGGAUACAAUCCAUAAUUUUGUUUACUCCUCCAGUCUAGACCUGCACUUUUAGACCACACCCCAAGCCAAGUCACUCCUGGCAGCCCUCUUUCCUACCUCACUGCCUCUUCCUGGGUACCACUCACUUAGCCCCGCCCAAGGAGUCUUCCUCCCUUCUGGACUGCUCAGAAACAGACUGUCCCUCCCCAACAGUGCAGGAGGUGUGGGGGUUCUCAGCCUCACCCUCAGGAAGAUGCCUCCCCCCCCUUUGCUCUGCUCUGUGGUACUUCCUCUCCGGCUGACUUAGCCGAUAGACCUAGAAGUGGGACCAAGACCCUAGUACUAAGACAGAUUCAAGGAUUCAAGGAUUGUAUAUCCAGCAAUUAGACAUGGCAUUACCUUCUGAUCAGCAUCUGGAAAACCCUGCAAUGGCUGCAAACACUACAUCUCCUGCAGCACCUUCUUCCCCUGGUGGCAUGUCCCCGCCUCCCUUGCCCAUUGUCCUGCUGUCUGUGGCCCUGGCUGUGGGCCUUCCUGGCAAUAGCUUCGUGGUGUGGAGCAUCCUGAAAAGGAUGCAGAAACGUUCUGUCACCGCCCUGCUGGUGCUGAACUUGGCCCUGGCCGACCUGGCCGUGCUGCUCACCGCUCCCUUUUUCCUACACUUCCUGGCUCGAGGCACCUGGAGUUUUAAAGUGACCGGUUGUCGCCUGUGCCACUAUGUCUGUGGUGUAAGCAUGUACGCCAGCGUCCUGCUUAUCACCAUCAUGAGUCUGGACCGCUCACUGGCAGUGGCCCGCCCCUUUGUGUCCCAGAAGGUUCGUACUAAGGCCUUUGCCCGAUGGGUGUUGGCAGGCAUCUGGGUGGCGUCUUUCCUGCUGGCCAUACCGGUCCUUGUGUACCGUACAGUAAUAUGGAACAACAGGACUCUGAUCUGCGACUCGAGUUAUUCCAGCGAUGGGCAUAAGGCCUUCCAUCUGCUCUUCGAAGCCAUCACGGGCUUCCUGCUGCCCUUCCUGGCGGUGGUGGCCAGCUACUCUGACAUCGGGCGCAGGCUGCAGGCUCGGCGCUUCCGCCGCAGUCGCCGCACCGGUCGCCUGGUGGUGCUCAUCAUCCUGGCCUUCGCCGCCUUCUGGCUGCCUUACCACCUGGUGAACCUGGUGGAGGCCGGCCGCACGCUGGCCGGCGGGGGCAAGGACAACGCUGCCGGGAGGCGUCUGAAACAGGCCCGCCACGUGCUCAUCGCGCUGGCUUUCCUGAGCAGCAGCGUGAACCCGGUGCUGUACGCGUGCGCGGGCGGCGGCCUGCUGCGGUCGGCGGGCGUGGGCUUCGUCGUCAAGCUGUUGGAGGGCACUGGCUCCGAGAUGUCCAGCACCCGCCGCGGGGGCACUCUGGUCCAGGCCCCGAAGGACACACCUGCCUGUCCUGAGCCCGGCCCCGGCCCCACCGACAGCUUCAUGACUUCCUCCACCCUUCCUGAGUCUUCGAAGUGAACUGCACUAGGCUGGGUUGUGACACAGCUCCUAACUCUGGCCUGACCCACUUCUGUACCUGGAGGAGAACGUUGGGGACUGGGCUUAAGCGGAAAAGAGGGAGGGGCGGGGCAAGCCAGGGCAGAGAGCUAGCGUGCUCUGGCCUGGCUUUUGCAGGCAGCUUUACGAUUAAAACUAAAGUCUGAAAUCGGUUAA